GCUGGCUGGAAGAAAAAUAGUCUCCCUGAGAGUUUGGAGGAAGGAGGCUGAGCCGAGACAAGCCAACCAGGGCUGUUUAGAACUAUCCACUAGCUAUCAAGAGAGAAGCGUUCCUAUCAGAAGCUGGGUAAAGUAAGCUGGCUGUGGAGCUGUGUUAUUAUGUGAGCUUGGCCUGAAGCAAUAGCAAAGGAAACUUUUGUAACAACUGGACCUGGCUUCACUUAGGAGGGGCUAAUUCAGACUCUUAAAGGACUAGUAUUGCUGGAAUGAACAACUGUGCUAUCAGAGCUCUCGCUGCUGGUCCAAGAAGUGGAGCUGCCUGGUUGUGAAUCCCUGUAAAGUGUUGCCCUAAAGGUGAAAUGUAAGACCCAGUAUACACUCCCUGGCCAGGAAACAAACUGGUGCCCGAGAAAGACAAGGAUUGAUGUGACCCACAGGAAUGGAUACAAGCUGCCAUUUUGCAGCAGAAGUUGCUGGUUCAACAGAACCAGCAGGAGCCGCAGCUGCUGGCGAUAGCUAGUCCUGUUGAUGAAUCCGGUCGUCUUAUUCAACCCAAAUGCAUCAAGCCGGGUGGUCUCCAUGGCACCAGGCCUUUUGUUAAUUAAGAUGUGACCAGUCGAUGACCCAGAAGCCUUCCUAGAGGUUUGUGAACGAGUGGCCAUAGGUACUUGUAGGACCUCCAGUCUGGAGGUUUCUGCUCUGCAUCAGCCCUGUCUGAACCUCAAGCUAGGGGCAUGUGAAACUGGACUCGCAGCAAGUGAGAGCUGUCGUUCUCCUUCCAUUCAGCCUCUUCUGUUUUGGGGGACAUGUCUCCGGUUGACUCUUCUAUUCCAACAUUUGCCUUCUCUAUUGCAAUAAGGGAAGAGCAAGGUGGUUGCAACCCUGGAUGUGCAUAUUUACGACACAUACAGAUCCACGUUCUUCUGCGGGUUGAAAUGCUAUGAUUUAGCAAUCUCAGAGACUUCAGUUCCAGGAGGAGAGCGACCCGACUGGGAGAAGGCCCAAAGUCAUCGUUAUGGUCUGGCGAGAAAUAGUUAACGCUCGAUUCAGUCUGCCCCUCCAGUGGGACCGAUAGUUUUGGAGCAAUCAAUGCACCUGUUGCCUCUUGGAGCGGAAGAAUGGGUGUGCUCGCAUCAGGCUGAGACUGAACCAUAACAUUUCUCUGAAGCAGAGCUGGCAGUGGAAGCUCAGUUUAGCUAUAAUCUGGGCCUGCUCUAGCCUGAGGUAAAACUGAAGGGACAAGUUACAGAGAGAGAGAAAACCCCUCCACUCUGUCUCCAAAGGACUUAAAAUGUUCCAGUAGCUUUCAGCUUAGUCCCUUGCUAUGCAGUGAGGAAACCUAAGCAGGGUUGGAAGCAAUCUUACCCCGUUGGCAACUCUGAGAGGAUGAAGCACUGGAGAAUUUGCAUUUCCACUGCUGGAAAGAGAGGUGCCCCCUGCUACAGAAGAUGCCCACCAGUGGAAUGGAAGCAUCACUUUGCGAGAUGGAUCACAGGACAGGCCGGGAUGGGAAUCUCUCCUUUUCUUUCUCCCAACUGGAUUCUCGUGCAAGCUAAAGAAUCUAAGCACUGUUGGAUUCUGCCUGCAGCUAGACUGUCAUGAAAAGGACUUAAUCCCAUUGGCCCUAACCCCCUCAAGAAUUGAAUCCCACCUAUGGAACACUUGAGGGAAGGUGGAAAAACCAUCCCUUUUUGAAAGUCUGUCAAUAUGGCACCUAUAGCCCAGGAUAGGAAAAUGACAUAUCUUGCUCAUCCUCAAGGACUACUGCCGGAGGUGGCCGAGGAUCCAGAGGAAAUAGAAGACUGCUCUCAUAAAACCUUCCUGACAUCACGUCCCCUUACAAGAUGAAGAGUCCUUCCCAGCAGAGGUUUGGCCCUACAAAACUAGAGAAGGUGGUCGGAAGGGAGGUGCACUUGCGUAGAGAAAACGGGGAGUUGUGUGACUAAACAGAAGAACAGUGGGAACUAAGAUGGGACUGGACUACAGGGAACGAGUCACUUGAGCAUUGCUCUGUUCUGCUCAUUCUCUCUGAAGCAUCUGGCACUGUCAGAAGACCGGAUCCUAGAUGGACCCCGUAUGGCCGUUCUUAUAUCCUUAACAAACCCGCAGAGGAAGAAUGAAUGUCCAUGCUUCACAUCCGUGAAAGUGAAGUGCAGAGGUGGUUCUCACACAGCUAUUGAGAAAUUUGCACGAAAAACUGGCCUGUACCCUAAAAAGUCUGUGUUGGCAUUUAGCAGGCUAAGCCAUGACUUCAGGCGCUGGGCAUGUGGACUCCAAGGCUGAACUCACUGCUUUGCUGGAGCAAUGGGAGAGAGAACAUGGCAGUGGGCAAGACAUGGUCCCUAUCCUUACAAGAAUGUCUGAGUUAAUUGAGAAGGAAACUGAAGAGUACCGCAAGGGGGAUCCAGACCCGUUUGAUGACAGACACCCUGGUCGAGCAGAUCCAGAGUGUAUGUUGGGCCAUCUACUGAGAAUACUUUUCAAGAAUGACGACUUCAUGAAUGCGCUGGUGAAUGCUUAUGUGAUGACAAGCAGGGAAUCCCCAUUAAAUACAGCUGCCUGCCGACUUCUUCUAGACAUCAUGCCUGGACUGGAAACUGCUGUUGUCUUUCAGGAAAAGGAAGGCAUAGUUGAAAAUCUAUUUAAGUGGGCCCGAGAGGCGGAUCAGCCAUUGAGAACGUAUGCAACUGGAUUGCUAGGAGGUGCUAUGGAAAACCAAGAUAUUGCUGCCAACUACCGGGAUGAGAACUCCCAACUGGUAGCUUUGGUUCUUCGACGGCUACGGGAGCUACAGGGUAACGAAAUGACCAUGAAACAGGAAAACAAGCGCCCGAGUCCUCGGAAACUGCCUUCAGAACCUCUGCUGCCUCUGGAUGAAGAGGCUGUGGAUAUGGACUAUGGGGAGAUGGCAGUAGAUGGGGAGCAGGAGGAAGUUGCUGGGGAUAUGGAUAUCUCCUUUCAUCUUGAUUCAGGCCACAAGACCAGCAGUCGAGUGAACUCUGCCAUAAAGCUUGAAGAUAUGGGACUUAAGAAAACCAAAUCAGGGAAACAGCAUGAAAGAGACAGCUUCCGGAAGGCCAAACAGAAGCUGGGCUUCUCCUCUUCCGAGCCAGAGAGGAUGUUUGUUGAGUUAUCCAACAGCAGCUGGUCAGAGAUGUCUCCGUGGGUGAUUGGCACCAACUAUACUCUUUACCCUUUGACUCCUGCCAUAGAGCAGAGACUUAUUCUGCAGUACCUGACCCCUUUAGGAGAAUACCAAGAGCUGCUCCCUAUCUUCAUGCAACUUGGGUCAAGAGAGCUGAUGAUGUUUUACAUUGACUUGAAACGGACCAAUGAUGUGCUGCUCACCUUCGAAGCGCUAAAGCAUUUGGCAUCGUUGCUGCUCCACAACAAAUUUGCUACGGAGUUUGUUGCUCAUGGAGGAGUGCAGAAGCUGCUAGAGAUUCCUCGUCCUUCCAUGGCAGCUACAGGGGUGUCCAUGUGCUUAUAUUAUCUGUCUUACAACCAGGACGCCAUGGAGAGGGUGUGCAUGCAUCCCCAUAAUGUGCUGUCAGAUGUUGUGAACUAUACCUUGUGGUUGAUGGAGUGCUCCCAUGCCUCGGGCUGCUGCCAUGCCACCAUGUUCUUCUCUAUUUGCUUCUCCUUCCGUGCUGUCCUGGAGCUCUUCGACAGGCAUGAUGGCCUCCGUCGCCUGGUGAACUUGAUCAGCACCUUGGAGAUCUUAAACCUGGAAGACCAAGGAGCCCUGCUAAGUGAUGAUGAGAUCUUUGCCAGUCGCCAAACUGGGAAGCACACGUGCAUGGCCCUGCGCAGGUAUUUUGAAGCUCACCUUGCCAUCAAACUUGAACAGGUGAAGCAGUCGCUUCAGCGCACAGAAGGUGGCAUUCUGGUCCAUCCGCAGCCACCAUACAAGGCCUGUUCCUACACUCACGAGCAGAUUGUGGAGAUGAUGGAGUUUCUAAUAGAGUAUGGUCCAGCGCAGCUCUACUGGGAGCCAGCAGAAGUCUUUCUCAAAUUAUCUUGUGUGCAGCUCAUGCUCCAGCUUAUCUCAAUAGCAUGCAACUGGAAGACAUACUAUGCUAGGAAUGACACAGUGCGCUAUGCUUUGGAUGUUCUGGCUAUCCUUACUGUGGUUCCUAAAAUCCAGUUGCAGCUGGCAGAGCCUGUAGAUGUGUUGGAUGAAGCAGGAUCUACUGUCUCCACUGUGGGUAUCAGCAUCAUCCUGGGAGUUGCUGAGGGUGAAUUCUUCAUCCAUGAUGCAGAGAUCCAGAAGUCAGCCCUUCAGAUCAUCAUCAACUGUGUGUGUGGCCCAGAUAAUCGGAUCUCCAGUAUUGGCAAAUUCAUCUCGGGGACGCCCCGACGCAAGCUCCCCCAGGCACCCAAAAGCAGUGAGCACACACUGGCCAAGAUGUGGAAUGUGGUGCAGUCCAACAAUGGCAUCAAAGUGUUGCUGUCAUUGCUGUCUAUAAAAAUGCCAAUUACAGAUGCGGACCAGAUCCGAGCGUUGGCCUGUAAGGCCUUGGUGGGGCUUUCCCGUAGCAGUACUGUCCGGCAGAUCAUCAGCAAGCUACCCCUCUUCAGCAGCUGUCAGAUCCAGCAACUAAUGAAGGAGCCUGUGCUCCAGGACAAGCGCAGUGACCAUGUCAAGUUCUGCAAGUUUGCUGCCGAGCUGAUUGAGCGUGUCUCAGGGAAGCCAUUGCUGAUUGGCACAGAUGUCUCCCUGGCUCGGUUGCAGAAAGCGGAUGUGGUGGCCCAGUCCAGGAUCUCCUUUCCUGAGAAGGAGCUGCUGCUUUUGAUUCGGAACCAUCUCAUCUCUAAGGGGCUAGGAGAAACUGCUACUGUCCUCACGAAAGAGGCAGAUCUACCCAUGACAGCUGCCUCUCACUCAUCUGCGUUCACCCCUGUUGCAGCCGCGGCCUCCCCUGUGGCGCUGCCUCGCACACCUCGUAUAGCUAAUGGUAUCUCAGCCCGACUGAGUAGCCAUGCUUCUGUAGGUGCCACGGCUGCCUCUGUCCAUGCUCAACCAAGGCCUCCUGUAUCCCAGGGUCCACUUGCCCUUCCAGGUCCUUCUUAUGCCAGCAACUCCCCUUUGAUUGGCAGGAUUAGCUUCAUCAGAGAGAGGCCACCACCCUGCAAUGGCAGGAAAAUCAGAGUGCUGAGACAAAAAUCAGACCACGGCGCCUACAGCCAGAGCCCGGCUAUCAAAAAGCAGCUGGACAGACACCUCCCUUCCCCUCCCACACUGGACAGCAUAAUUACAGAAUACCUUAGGGAGCAGCAUGCCCGCUGCAAGAACCCUGUUGCCACCUGUCCCCCUUUCUCUCUCUUUACUCCCCACCAGUGCCCUGAGCCAAAACAGAGGCGCCAGGCGCCAACUAACUUUACCUCGCGGCUGACCCGUAGGGCGGCCUUUCCGAAGUAUGGAGGGGUGGACGGUGGAUGCUUUGAUAGACACCUUAUAUUCAGCAGGUUUCGUCCAAUUUCUGUGUUCCGGGAAGCAAAUGAAGAUGAAAGUGGCUUUACCUGUUGUGCGUUCUCUGCGCGAGAGCGAUUCCUAAUGCUGGGCACUUGCACAGGGCAGCUGAAGCUCUACAAUGUUUUCAGUGGGCAGGAGGAGGCCAGCUACAACUGCCAUAACUCUGCCAUCACGCACCUUGAGCCGUCCAGGGAUGGGUCUUUACUGCUAACAUCUGCGACGUGGAGCCAACCGUUGUCUGCAUUGUGGGGGAUGAAAUCUGUCUUCGACAUGAAGCAUUCCUUCCCAGAUGAUCACUAUGUGGAGUUCAGCAAGCACUCUCAGGACAGGGUCAUUGGCACAAAAGGGGACAUUGCCCAUAUCUAUGAUAUUCAGACUGGCAACAAGCUAUUGACUCUGUUUAACCCAGAUCUUGCCAACAACUAUAAGAAGAACUGUGCCACCUUUAACCCCACAGAUGACCUUGUCCUAAACGAUGGGGUGCUCUGGGAUGUUCGCUCUGCACAGGCCAUCCACAAGUUUGACAAAUUCAACAUGACCAUCAGUGGUGUUUUUCAUCCUAAUGGGCUAGAGGUCAUAGUCAACACAGAGAUUUGGGACCUUCGAACUUUCCAUUUGCUGCACACGGUACCAGCAUUGGAUCAAUGCCGGGUAGUCUUCAACUACACUGGCACAGUUAUGUAUGGAGGUAGGAUGCUGCAGGCAGAUGAUGAAGAUGACUUACUGGAGGAGAGGAUGAGAAGCCCCUUUGGGUCAUCCUUCAGGACAUUCAAUGCAACGGACUACAAACCUAUAGCUACCAUUGAUGUAAAACGGAAUAUCUUUGAUUUGUGCACGGACAGCAAGGAUUGCUAUUUGGCUGUCAUUGAGAAUCAAGGCAGCAUGGAUGCCAUGAACAUGGAUACAGUUUGCAGGCUCUAUGAGGUAGGCAGGCAGCGUUUGGCAGAAGAUGAAGAGGAUGAAGAGGAAGAUCAGAAGCCUAUGGAGGAGGAGGAACAAGAAGAGGAGGAUGACGACGAGGAUGAUGAUGAUACAGAUGACCUUGAUGAACUCGACACUGACCAGCUGCUGGAGGCUGAAUUGGAGGAGGAUGAGAACAACGAGAACGCCGGUGAGGACGGAGACAAUGAUUUCUCUCCCUCUGACGACGAGGAGCUCGCCAACCUGCUGGAAGAGGGGGAGGAAGGGGAAGAUGAGGACUCUGAUGCAGAUGAGGAAGUUGAGCUGAUCCUUGGUGACAUGCAGCCCUGCUCCUCUGAGAUCAGACUCAUGAAUCUGGGGGCACGACCCUCUCAGGUCUCCAGAGAUUUGCUUAUGUGUAUGUCAUUCAGUGUGCCGCUCUCUUGAAGGUGGUAGGUAUUUUGUCCCCACAGGACGUUUGCAUAGCUCUAAUUAAAAAUGAAUUGCACUUUCGUAGAUACUCAGUGGUGUUCCUUUGAGAGCGGGGCUGUCCAGCCUCUGAGACGAAAGGAGACACCCGAUUAGGGAUCACCAGUGGCACACCGUCCUGCAGAGCCUUCCCCCACUUUCUGGCCAGAGGGGGACACUGGCAUCCGGUGCGCCAUCUGCCUCCCCCUUCCCUUACAGCCGGUGGAAAGACCAGGUCCUGUGAGACUGCCUCUGCCUUGUCCCAGGGCCCCGGAGUGGCUGGGCCCCUCCACCAACUCUCUGUUCCUGCUGCCUCUGCUGAGGCUACGGGGCUACUGUGUGCGGAAGAGCCAAUGGGAAUGGAAGGGGAGCCCCAAGAACCUGCCGUCUCCGCAUUUGGGCUUGGAAGGAGGCCAGGGGAGGGG